CGGCCAAAUGUCAUCUUCAACAUCUUAAAUAGGGAGAAAACACAACUCGAGAAAAUGCCCAGCACGUGACGGCGGCGCGGCGCUAUAUGAGGGAAAAGGGCACAAGCAUCAGGACCAGUCCCGGGAGUCGGUCGCCGCGCAACCUCAGCAGCAGCAGCAGCAGCAGCAGCAGCAGCACAAACACGCAGAGACGCCGCGCGCUCACACACCCGCUCGCCGGCACCCGAGUCGUUCUCCCGCUGCGAGAGAGAGCAACACACGUGAGUUUGGUUGCCGCUGCGCGCUGCGCGACACGGACAGGAGACGAGCCCCGAGUGAGGGAACGCAGGUAAACGGAAUCUAAGCUUCUUUUUUCUUUUUUUUUUCUUUUUGUUUUUUGCCGAGAGAGGGGGCAAAGGAAAGGAAAGGAAAGGAAAUCCCCCUUCACAGCUAUACCACCUUUUCUUUUCUUUUUCCCCCCCCUCUUCUUUUUCUUCCUCCUCCUCGACCUCUGCGCUCUCGUGGGGACACAAGUUUCUCACACAAAAAGGGAUGCUGCAUGUUCCCGAGCCACACUUGCACCCAGAGGGAACCUGAAAGUGGACCGGAGCGGAAUUACACACUUCGCCUGAUGCAAGCGUAACCCAAACCCCUUUGGAGUGACUGGAGGAUCAGCGCGCUCCGUACAAUGAUCCCGAUCGGCGACGUGAUACCAUGUCGCGUCUCGUCUGAUGUUGGACACGUUUGAGGAGUGACUUUAAAAAAAACGAAACUGGGGGGGGCGGGCGGGGAGGACGUUACAAAGUCAAGAGAAUCCAUCCCGAGCCUCGCCGGCACCUUCCUCUUCUUUUUUUUUUCUUUCUUUUUUUUCCCCCCCGCUGGAGUCCAGGACAACAGAUCGCCGUCCAGAUGCAGUUUCGACUCUUCUCAUUUGCCCUGAUCGUUUUGAACUGUAUGGAGUACAGCAACUGUCAGGCGCCGUCGCACCGCUGGAGGAGAAGCAAACGAGCGAGCUAUGGCGCGUACCCCAUCUGCAAGGGCUGCUCGGUGUGCUCCAGGGACAACGGCUGUGUAAACUGCCAGCCCAAGCUCUUCCUGUUUCUGCGGCGGGAGAGGAUGAGGCAGUACGGGGAGUGUCUCCACGACUGUCCGGCCGGAUACUACGGCAUGCGCAGCCCCGAACUCAACAUGUGCUCCAGGUGCAGGAUAGAGAACUGCGAGUCCUGCUUCAGUAAAGACUUCUGCACCAAGUGCAAGUUGGGUUUUUACCUCCACAAAGGGCGCUGCUUUGACAAGUGCCCCGAGGGCUUUGCUCCGCUGGAGGAGACUAUGGAGUGCGGAGAGGGCUGCGAGGUGGGCCAGUGGAGCGAGUGGGGCGCCUGCACCAGGAGAAACAAAACCUGCGGCUACAAGUGGGGCCUGGAGACCCGGACGCGGCACAUUGUAAAGAAACCGCCCAAGGACACGAUACCCUGUCCCACCAUCGCCGAGUCCAGGAUGUGCAAAAUGGCCAUGAGGCACUGCAGGAGAGGUGGCUCAGGGAAGCAGCGACCCAAAGAACCAAAGAAGAAGAACAAGCAACGGCUGCGGUUUCGGGCCCAGAACCAGCACAGUGACCACUUGGCCUCCGCGCGCACCAGCCAGUGAGGACUGACACUGGCCACAGAACAGAGAACCGACGAGAAAAGGCAAAGCUGCUAGCCGCUGCUGCUGCACCCAUAUCCCGACCAACGACGAUCACCAGUCCCACCUGCCUCCCCCGGCCCCCUCCCCACCCCGCCCAGCCACGACUCACAAAUCCGUCACUAGAAAAAUAUAUAUAUAUAUAAAUGUCAAAACGUACGAUGUCCGCAUCAACACACUCAACACUUGCUUCACGCCUCUGCCUCCUGCUGCGUCUCCCCUCCUGCAGCGACCAGCCAGGUGACUCUGUUCCCCCAAGCCCCACCCCCUCGCCUCGCCUCGCGGACGUUUUGCAGUCGACAUAACUGAACUCAUAUCCCAUCAUCAAUACAACGUCAUUCACCAUCCGGCGCGAUGGAAGACGGACGGGCAACCGGAGACUGUGGAGACGGGAGAGCUGGACGGAGGGAGGUGAAUAGGAGAGGGAGCGAGGGAGUUUCGGUAAGAUGAACUACCCCUGGAAUGGAUGGAGGGGGGAGGGGGCAUUGAACCGAGGAGGAUGGAAAAAAGAUGGAGGGAGGAAGAAGAGGCAAAGGAGAUUCCGCUGAAGCAAUCGAUGCCGAUGAACUGAAAGAGACUUUUUUUUUGUUUGUUGUUCCUAUAUUUAUGUCAAAGCUGCCCUCGCCUUCCCUCUAAAUGGAGACAGAGUGUUCCCAUGUGUGGCCUUUAUGUUAUGUACAUUUUUCGAGAGUAAUAUUAAAAGAAAUCACCAUGCAUAGUUGCAAAGUAUUUUAUUCUCAGCACAAACUGUUUACGUUCGGACCGCUUCAUGCUCUAACUGUAUAGUGUGGAUAAUAAAAAGAAGAAAUUUAGCUGUUCGACUAGCAUGGCAACAGACUCGUGUACAUAGUUUAUCUAAUUAUGAAAAGCUUAUUACUGUAUUUUCAGUAUUGACUCGUUCACCGUUCUAAAUGUUUUAGAGAUAAAAAGGUUGUAAUACCAAGCUACAGAUUAAAAUGAUUAAAAACAAAUAAUAAACAUAGCCGCAACAUAGCUAUUUCAUUUAUAUGGUAUAUAUUUGAUUUAUUUAUUAAUUCUAUUUUGUACUUUUUUUUUGUUCCGUGAGAUGGUUUUUUUUGCCUCAUACUGUUACUCUUAUAUGGGGAAAAUAUUCUUAGAGUUCCUUAUAACAGUGCAUAUCUUUUAACACGUGGAAAAGAUUUCCGUCUGACGUCGCGCAAAGUGUUGUAUUACAUUCAUUUGACCUCAUCUACUGAUUUCAGUGUUUUCAAGAAGACGAAGAAAAGAAGAAAAAAAGACAAAUAAAACUAUGCUUUGACAUAUUCUAGGUUUUAAUAAUUAGGAUCCAGAAGAUGUAUGGUCAUAGGACUGCAUAUGUGUACAUUGUGUUUUAUUAAAAUACACUUCAUGUGACUGUA